UUUACGUAGGGCAUGACAGUCAGAGAGACGUGAGCUGCAGACUUGUGGACUUUUCUCCUGUGCACAAGAACCCAAACAAAUGCUAUUUUAUUUUGGAUAAAUAUAGUUAAAAGCCAGUUAGCUGACUAUGUAUCUUCGCCAGAUUUUACGGACACAUUUGGUCGGGACCAGAGUGGCUCACCUCAGCCGUCUACACCGUGUUUGUCGAGCCGAGAGACCACUGUGUACCAAAAGUGACGAGGUCCGGCUGGCAGAGGAGGCCAGCAAGAAGUACGGCUCCCCGGCUCCAACCAUCUUCUCCAAAGUGAUCGACAAAAGCAUCCCUGCAGAUAUUAUCUAUGAAGAUGAGAAGUGUUUGGCUUUCAGGGAUAUCACUCCACAGGCCCCCGUUCAUUUUCUCGUCAUUCCCAGGAUCCCAAUUCCCAGAAUAAGUGAGGCCAAAGAUGAUGAUGCAGAGCUCUUGGGACAUUUGCUGGUUGUCGCCAAAAAUGUGGCAAAGCAGGAAUCUUUAAGUGAAGGAUACCGAGUGGUGAUCAACGAUGGUAAGCACGGAGCUCAGUCUGUUUACCACCUUCACAUCCACGUCCUGGGAGGGAGACAGAUGAACUGGCCACCAGGAUAAUGGUUUUAUAUGUGUUUGUGUGUCCCUCUUUCCUACUUUCAUGUGUAUUCCCAUGAGCACGAUACAACAUAUGAUAGAUAUAGUUAAUCCAGAGGUUCAUACACUCAAAAAUGUCAUAAAUUUGAUUAAAAUAAUGAUAACAGAUAACCUAAAUUUACAAUGUGGGGUGCAAAAUUUGGCGCUAGUGAAGACUGAAAUCAUGUUUGAUAAUUGAUAGUAAAGGUUCUAGUCUCACUGUUAGCCAAAUUAUCCAAAUGGAUAAGUGGAUAAUUUGAUUUCUGUGAUAAAACAACAACAUUGUGUUUUCUAACAACAUGCAAUUUCUUUCUUUUCAAAACAACCUAAUUCACUUAGCUAAAUAUGACUUGUAAAUAUGUUGAUCUUGUAAAAAUGAAAAUCAAUCAGAUUAUGUUUGAUACAACUG